UACCCUCAUCCAUCUGUCUCUGCUGUCACUCUGUCACAUGUCUCUGUUUUCAGUGUCCAUGCAUGUGUGGCAACAUUUCUUCUUACACGUCUCGUAAAAAGGUGGCGCGCCUUCCGUGGAAUUGUGGGGACGAACAACUGGCGUUUUAAAUGAAUUAAAAGCAAUUCACGGACCUUUAUCUCCACUUAAAACCCGCACGGUACCAAAAAGUGGCUGCGGGGGAUUUAAUAUUUCAUAUAGGGGCGCGAGGGAGGGUGGGAUAAAAUAAAUAAAACAGGGGGACGUGAAUGCUUCGCGUAAAGAGCCGAAUGUGAACGCAUCGGGAGCGGAGUUUUAUCUGAAAUGGGCCCGUGUCAUCUCUGCACAAAUAAGCGAAGCACUCGUGAUAUUCGCGGGGUUAAGUGCAUCCCUCUCCUUUAAUUCAUUUAACAACUUAUUCAGCGCGUAGGAGCAGCAGCAGGAGCAGGAGGAAGGAGUAGGAGGAGGAGGAGAAGAAGUGAUGCAGCCAUCAUCCUCAUCCUGGCUGCUCCUGACCUUAGCUUUCCUUCUUUUAUUAUUAUUAUUCCUAUAAUUUUUUUAUUAUUAUUUUCUAUUUCCUCCUUCUAAAUGUUUCACUUUGCUUGCAAGAGGCCUUUUACUUCAUUCCUCCCUCUAGUGAGGAGUCCCACUUGUUCCCAAACAGCUGACAUGUCUGUUAGGAAAGGCUGCAGCACAAGUGUCCAUCCACUUUUACUACUUUUUAUUAGGCCAUUAGAGCCACUUCAUUUAUUCUCCCCAUAUUACUAUUUAAUUAGGUGUCAACUUGCUGCAACACUCUUUUUUUUAUUUUAUUGCUGUAGCAGGUAAUGUAACUCUGAGAGAUCUUAAAGAUGCACGCAGUCCAACGAAAUAAAAUAAAAAAAAGAAGAAGGUGUGAUGGACUCGGAGGGAAACAAACAGUUAAUGAAUUUAUCACUUUCUUUCUGCCUGACUUGGUGUGAGGCAGUCAGGUAGAUGUGAUGAUACAGAGGUGGUGGUGGUGGUGGAGUAACGCUGCUGGGUUUGCCUUAUGGCUUUUGUCACAGUGCUGAUAAAGUAAUUUCAGCAACAAGCAGACCUGUUUGUGUGCGUGUCUGCCUGUGUGUGUGCGGUGUGUGAGAGAAUAGAGAGCAGUUAUGAGAAGAUGUAUUGCCAUCUUAAAAGUGCGUAGGCACUGAUGUUCUGUGGUUUACAGGUUUUUAAAGGUUUCACUCUCUGCUCCUUUAGAAAAUAGCUGACACUUCACAGAGAAGCGAGGCCAGUGGCUUUCACUCUGAAGAUUAUUUUUAGAUAGAUAUCAGCACAAAUACACUCGGAGAAAGAGGCACAGAGGCUAGUUCGCUCUUUUGCUAAUUUAGCCCCGAGGCCGGGUGUCAAAAAAAUGAAAAAAAACAACCAAAAAAAAAAAACAGUAAAAAUCCUCCAGUGCAGAGAAAAAUCUCGAUAGAAUCUGCAGAGGAAGUUUCAGAGACGUGAUAAUUAGAGGCCACUUAUUGUGAAAUAGCCUCCCGGUGUUGCAGGUUUAUUGUCUCGCUUGUGUUGUGUGCUUUUGCUCAGUCGCAUACCCUUACGAGGUCAAGCGUGGCACCACUGCACCAUGGGAAAAAAAAAAAAAAAAAACACAACAAAAAAAAACAAACAACUAAACAGGUUACGGCAGAACACUGGCGAUUGUUCUCCUUUUAUCUCUGCAGAUCUGUGGCAGCUCAAGGUGCUGUGGCUUAUCUGGUCAGUGCCUUUGACAGCAGUGACACACACUCAGUCACAGCCGCUUUCCUGUCUCAGGCUGCCAUGUGUCACUUCUUGUAAAAGUCCUGAGAGUCAGCGCGGCAGUUUGCGAUCGUUGAAAUGAGACUUCUCGGUAUUACUCCUCGGCUGCGAGCCCUUCACUAGAACCCGCGUCUCGACGGGUUUUGCGGGCGAUAAAAGUGGCACACGAAAUCCAGAGCGGCGUGCCGAUAUGUUUGGCAAAAUCCCUCCGCGUAAACUUGUUUGGCAGGAAUGGUUUAAAAAAAAAAAAAAAAAAAAAAAAAAAAAUCAAGAGAGCGGCGCUCCAAAUUCAUCCGACUGCCAGGUCACACGGAUCCAGCAGUAAAAAGCCUCAACAUCUGUCGCAGCUUAUUGGCACGUAAUGAAAUCCUCUGAAUGUGUCGCGUUGUCUUCUUACAAUAACCCUUCUGUGAUUUACAAUUAGGAAGUGAUCUGGGAAAUCACCUACGUGUGUUUCUACCUUGCUUCUUUUAACUUGCAGGUUUUAACCUUGUUAUACGUCCCCCCCCUCCCUGCACCCCCCCCUCCUUUGUACAGCUUAGUUUUGUUUUCAUUACAACUAAUCGAAACUAGUGCAUGCUGCAUUUACUGUACUGUAGUAGUGUAAUAGCAGGAAAUCGUCUCGUAAUGCUCCCUAACGGCGUGGGCUCCCUCGCUGUCUUCUACUUUUAAAUCCCACUCCGGCGCAGCAGCUCCUUUCAGUUGACACUCCAGGCCGUGAGGUGAUAGUGAGCAGAGGUGCUGAGAAUGAUGGAACAUCUCAGCGAGACGUGUCUGGGCAAGGAGAACUCCGAGCUGGUCAACAGCCUGUCCGAGGCCAAGGCCCCGCCGGCCAAGCUGCCCCGGCUGGAGCAGAACGGUAGCCCCCUGGGCCGAGCCAGGCUGGGCAGCACCGGGGCCAAGCUCGCCGGGGUCCCCUUCAAACCCACCAGCCACCUGCUGAAGACCUGCCACAAGAGAGGCAACAUGCUGCCCGUGUUCUGCGUGGUGGAGCACUACGAGAACCCGAUGGAUUUCGACAGCAAGGAGGAGCACGCCGAAUUCGUCCUGGUGCGUAAGGACAUGCUCUUCAACCAGCUCAUCGAGAUGGCCCUGCUGUCGCUGGGUUACUCCCACAGCUCGGCGGCCCAGGCCAAAGGUAUGAUUCAGGUGGGGAAGUGGAACCCCGUCCCGCUGUCAUACGUGACAGAUGCACCGGACGCCACAGUGGCCGACAUGCUGCAGGACGUCUACCACGUGGUCACGCUCAAGAUCCAGCUGCACAGUUGUCCUAAGCUGGAGGACCUGCCGCCCGAGCAAUGGAGCCACUCUACAGUAAGAAACGCCCUCAAGGAGUUACUCAAAGACAUGAAUCAGAGCUCUCUGGCUAAAGAAUGUCCUUUAUCACAGAGUAUGAUUUCCUCCAUUGUGAACAGCACUUACUAUGCAAAUGUGUCGGCGGCGAAGUGUCAGGAAUUUGGGCGCUGGUAUAAACAUUUCAAGAAGACAAAAGAUAUGAUGGGCAUGCGCCAACCCUCCCAGCUGGAGGGCUACCUGGGGACGUGUGUCCUCCGCGAGAGCCCGCGUGCCAAUGCGCUAGCAGAAAUGGACGGCCUGUCCGACCUCUCCCCACCCGGCUCCAACCACAGCCACAACCACAACCACAACCACCUGGGAUUCUCCCAGCAGCAGCAGCCCAUCCCCGGCAGCACAGCGGAGCAGACUCCCUCCUCGCCGGUGCCGCCGCUGCCUCACGCCCCGCCGCCGCACGGAGGCCAGGCGGGCGGCCGGCAGCCCCAGCUCCCCGGCCUGCACCACCCGGGCCUGGUGUCCACGCCCAUCAGCCCCCAGCUGGUCAACCAGCAGCUCGUGAUGGCACAGAUCCUCAACCAGCAGUACGCGGUGAACCGGCUGCUGGCCCAGCAGUCCCUGUCACAGCAGUACCUCAACCAUCCACCGGUCAACCGCAGCUCCCACUCCAAGCCCAUGGAGCCGCAGGUGGCGUCGAACACGGAGGUGUCCUCCGAGAUCUACCAGUGGGUGAGGGACGAGCUGAAGCGGGCCGGCAUCUCCCAGGCCGUCUUCGCUCGCGUGGCCUUCAACAGAACGCAGGGCUUACUGUCUGAGAUUCUCCGUAAGGAGGAAGACCCCAAGACGGCGUCCCAGUCGCUGCUGGUCAACCUGCGCGCCAUGCAGAACUUCCUGCAGCUGCCCGAGGCCGAGCGCGACCGCAUCUACCAGGAGGAGAGGGAGCGAAGCCUCACGGCCGCCUCGGCCAUGGGCUCCGCCCCGCUCAUCAGCACCCCGCCCAACCGACCUGUGCAGCCCCGGAGGGAAGACUGCAACAGCGUGAGGCCCGAGGACUGGAACCCCCGCAUCCCUGUGGGCAUUUCACCUGUGAAGCCGUCGCCUCUGCCCAGCGAGUGGAACGGGAAGACGGAGAGCUGCAUCCUCAACAUCAACUCCACCAUCUACGACGAGAUCCAGCAGGAGAUGAAGAGGGCCAAGGUUUCCCAGGCCCUGUUCGCAAAGGUGGCCGCCUCCAAGAGCCAGGGCUGGCUCUGUGAGCUGCUGCGCUGGAAGGAGGACCCGUCUCCGGAGAACCGGACGCUGUGGGAGAACCUCUCCAUGAUCCGGCGCUUCCUGAGCCUCUCGCAGGCCGAGCGCGACGCCAUCUACGAGCAGGAGAGCAGCGCCGGGCAGCAGCACCACAACGAGAGGCCGUCGCACCUGAUACACAUUUCUACCGAGCAGCUACAGCCCCAGCCGCCUCAGACACAGCAGCACCAGCCCUCCCUGUCCCUCCAUCCCUCCCAGCCCCUCGUAUCCCAGCAGCCCUUGCAGCAGCAGCAGCACCAGCCCCCCACCGGCCCCCGGUUGCCGCCGCGCCAGCCCUCCACCGCCUCCCCGGCCGAGACGGAGGACGACGGCAGCCGCGGAGGGAGCAUCAAGUCCCGCACCGGCGGGGGGAAGAUCUCCCUGGAGGCGCUGGGCAUCCUGCAGAGCUUCAUCCAGGACGUGGGCCUGUACCCCGACGAGGAGGCCAUCCACACCCUGUCGGCCCAGCUGGACCUGCCCAAGCUCACCAUCAUCAAGUUCUUCCAGAACCAGCGCUUCUACGUCAAUCACCAAGCCAAGGCGCCCAAGGAGCCCGGCAACAACAACAACAACAACAACAGCAGCGGCGGCGGCAUCAACAGCACGGCGGCCACCAACGCCAACAACAACAACACCACCAACAACACAAACAACACCAGCAGCAGCAGCAGCAGCAGCAGCAGCAGCAGCCCGGCCUUCGAGGAGGAGCUGACGGACUUCAGGGAGAGCCGGGAGCUGCUGAAGGAGCUGGAGGAGAGCACGCAGACCAACAGCACCAUCUUCUCCAUCAAGAUCGAGGAGCAGCUGGGCCGGAGCGCCGAGGCUCAGUCGGAGUCGGAGCACGAGGCCAAGGACUAGGACUCCCCACCCCUCCCCUCGCCCUCCCUCAACCACCCCCACCCCUCCCUCACCCCUCCCUCGGUCGGAUCACGUACUGAGAGCUUUCUUGUGCGCGCACACAGACUGAUGACUGUGCUAAACGAGACAGAACCACCGCACUGCAAAUAAAGGAAAGUAGUGUUUUCAAUCAGCACAGCGUCUGGACUGUACGAGGAGUGUUUAUAUAUAUAUAUCAAACUCACACAGGCCGUGUGCCGGAAAAAGCCCCCAACUUCAGACUCUUUUUGGAUUUUGUAAAACUUGUAUUAUUCACUGUAAAGACUGAUGCAUCAUUUAAAUAACCUGCACAAAAAAAAAAAAAAAAUUAUUCUAAGUAUGUUGCCGUGGAUAUUUGCUGACUGCACUCUGUCUGUUGUUUUACACUGACUUACUUUAUCUUUUUUGAGCUACUGAUUCUAUUCAGAAAAAAAAACAAAAAAAAAAACAAGUUCCCCUGGAGUUUGCUAGGACUUUGAUAGGUGUUUACGUACGUGACGUUUAACUGGAAAUUUUUUUUUUUUUUUUUUUUUUUUAAAAGAAAAACAGCAAACGAAAUCAAGGACCAAGUGGUUGACAAGGCCUUAAUUAUGAGGUAUCAAGUCUGGAGCCUGCUGGCAGAUUAGUUAUUCUUUUAAAAAGCGCAUAAUGUGAUUAUGGAUCACUCCAAUCUCUCUCCGGAGCGCCGCCACCCAGUCCAGGUGCAUCUCCGAGAAUAGCUCAGUCUUUACGUAUUAUUUGAUAGGGAAGAAAUAUAAAUAUAUAUAUAAAUAUACAUUAUAUUGUAACUGUAAAAGGAAAAAAAAAAAAAUACAGUCUUAAAGAAACUAUGCCAACAAAUGCCUUGUACUAUACGGCACUGCCGACGUUAGAUUAUUUUGCAAAACCUUCGUCACUGUAACUUUCUGAAUUGCCACACAGUUAGAAAUGUGAAUUACACAAUGUUUAUGUUGUCUGACAUUUAUUUAUUUGCAGUUCAUGCAGUGUUCCUGAUGUAAUUACUUUUUUUUUUAAAGUUUUUUCUUACGCUUUUUUAUUUUCAACCCAACCCACCAACAUCAUUAUUUUUUUUUUUUUUUUUUUUUUUCUAUUUAUAAAUGUGAUUUUUCGAUGGGCAGUAAAAACAAAAAGUGUCUUAAACGUUUUAAAUGGAGAAAUGUGCUUUAAAGGUUGCCUAUAAAAAACAAAAAAUAAGUGCUGUAUGUCGAGCAACUCAUGCUACAAGCUUCACGAUUAAUGUUGUAUGCAAUUUUUACUAUCAUGCAAAUAAGCUUAGGUAAAAAGACUAACCUAUAGAACACCUUAGAAAGAAAAACAUAUGCAAUCUGUGUGAAACUCGAUGUCUGCGAUGUGUCUUCCUUUGGUUAACAAUCCAAUUCAAAAAGCUACUCCUGUAUAAAUCUCCUGUAUAAAAGUGUUUCUUUUCUAUGAGUUGAUUUCGAUGAGAACACCGACGAGUUAUUUUGUUACGACUGAACGUUUUAUAAGUGUUUCUCGGUUCCUUUCUGCAGAAAUGUUCUAACUAGAAGUGGUUCUUGAUUGUUAAUUACACGAUUAAACUGUUUGUAUUGUA